AUGACUGCCGGUGUGACGUGUAGGGAGGAAGAGCUGGUGGACAGAAUAGAAGAAGGAGAUAUACAAUACAAUGCAAUAACCCAGGGCAGGAACCCAGGGGCCGUGCAGAAACCCAGGGACCGUGCAGACACCCAGGGACCGUGCAGACACCCAGGGACCGUGCAGACACCCAGGGACCGUGCAGAAACCCAGGGCCCGUGCAGACACCCAGGGACCGUGCAGACACCCAGGGACCGUGCAGAAACCCAGGGACCGUGCAGAAACCCAGGGACCGUGCAGACACCCAGGGACCGUGCAGACACCCAGGGACCGUGCAGAAACCCAGGGACCGUGCAGACACCCAGGGGACGUGCAGACACCCAGGGACCAUGCAGAAACCCAGGGACCGUGCAGACACCCAGGGACCGUGCAGAAACCCAGGGACCGUGCAGACACCCAGGGACCGUGCAGAAACCCAGGGACCGUGCAGACACCCAGGGACCGUGCAGAAACCCUGGAACCGUGCAGAAACCCAGGGACCGUGCAGACACCCAGGGACCGUGCAGAAACCCUGGGACCGUGCAGAAACACAGGGACCGUGCAGACACCCAGGGACCGUGCAGAAACCCAGGGACCGUGCAGACACCCAGGGACCGUGCAGACACCCAGGGACCAUGCAGAAACCCAGGGACCGUGCAGACACCCAGGGAACGUGCAGAAACCCAGGGACCGUGCAGACACCCAGGGACCGUGCCAACAACUUUCUGCUCUCUUGUCCUCUAA